UAAUGGGUGAGAUUGUGACUAAUUAGCUUUUCGUAGCUGGAUACAGUCGUAGCAAAGUGACUGAUGAAAGAGAUGUUAGGGAAAUUUUUAGAAAGUAUGAGUCUGUCAAAGAAGUGGCAUAUAAAGGGUCUUACUCUUUUAUAGUAACUCUUUUCAAUUUAAAUUCACUUAGACUUUUAGCAAUGAAGAUGAAGCAAAAGAGGCUCUUACAGAGAUGAAUGGUGCAACACACAAUGGCUAAAAAUUAAAAGUGGAUGUUGUUGACAAUCGUAAAGGGAGAAAAACUGGACCAAAUGAAAGUGAUUAAUGUUUCAAAUGUGGAAAAGGAGGACACUGGUAUUGAGUUAAUUCAAUAUUGAUAGGGCUAGAAAUUGUCCUAAAGGCGGCAGAUCACCUCAUAGAAGCAGAAGAUACUCUAAUUCUAAAUCUAGGUUGUUAAAACAUUCUAUUAUAGACAUCAUAGAAGAAGAUCUGAUUCAAGAUCACGUUCUUCUUAAUCGUCUUCACGUUCCAGAAGAAGAAAUAGAGAUCACCGUAAUAGACGUAGAUAUAGCAACAGUCCUAAGAGAGGCGAUGAGUAAAAAAAGGGAAAUCACAACAAAAGAAGAUCACCUUCAGACUCUUAAUUUCAUUCCAAGUCUUGAA